CUCAAAUAUCAGAGGGGAUCCGAUUAAAAAAAAAUAUAAAAAUCAAAGAAACUUUCUUGUUUGCCAUUAUCUCUCUGUGUCUCUAGAUUGCCUCCAAAUCUCUCUCUCUCGGCAGAUCUCUUGGAGUUCCGGAGAAUUCUCAGUUCCGAUCAGUUUCCGGGAAUCGGUUCCGAUCGGUAGUGCCGAGAUCCUGUCCACUCAGUUGAGUGAUUGGCAGAGUUUGGCUGGCGCGGGGGCGGAAAAUUCUGUAGGUCCAUUUGUGCGGCCGAUGAAUAUAGCGGUUUCUCGCUGUGGUAUACGAAUCGGACGAUGAACGAUGCCGGAACUGCGUAGUGGAGCGCGUAGGGGACGGCGACCAGCAACAGCAAAGAAGGCAAGUCCUAUCGUGACAGGGGAGGCGAUUGCGACGAGGACUCGACGAAGGCGUGCGGCGGCGGAAGCGGGGAAGGACUUGAUUAAUCAGUUAGACCAGGAGGCGCCUGCAGCUGUGGAUGAGAACGUAGUAGUGCCUCUUGUUGGUGGUGGCGCAGUUGCAGCGGCGGCGGCGGCGGCGGCAGCGGGAAAAGCUGAGGAGAACAAGGGGGUUGAAGGGGACAAAGAGAUGGAUUACUGUGGUAGUGGUGGUAGGAGCAACGAUAAGGGAAAUGCUGGUGAUGAUGAAGGAACCAGCCCCAUUCCAGAGAGGGUUCAGGUUGGGGGUUCACCAUUGUACAGAGUAGAAAAGAAGUUGGGGAAGGGAGGUUUUGGUCAAGUAUACGUCGGUCGACGUGUUGGUGUGUUAAAUGCUAGUGAAAGAACUGGCCCGGGUGCUGUGGAGGUGGCACUAAAAUUUGAGCAUAGAACUAGUAAAGGGUGUAAUGAUGGACCACCCUAUGAGUGGCAAAUUUACAGCAACCUUGGUAGCUGUCAUGGUGUUCCACGAGUUCACUUCAAGGGACGGCACAGUGACUAUUAUAUUAUGGUUAUGGAUAUUCUUGGGCCAAGCUUGUGGGAUGUUUGGAAUAAUAACUCUCACACUUGCAGGAUGUCAAUAGAGAUGGUUGCAUGUAUUGCCAUUGAAGCAAUAUCAAUAUUGGAGAGGAUGCACUCUAAAGGUUAUGUUCAUGGAGAUGUUAAGCCUGAGAAUUUCCUUCUUGGUCAAGCUGGAACUCCCGAUGAAAAGAAGCUCUUCCUAGUGGAUCUUGGAUUAGCUGCUAGAUGGCGAGAUAGCACAACUGGUCGGCAUGUUGAGUAUGAUCAAAGGCCAGAUGUUUUCAGAGGAACGGUCCGUUAUGCCAGCGUUCAUGCCCAUUUGGGGAGAACUGGAAGCAGGAGAGAUGACCUAGAAUCUCUGGCUUACACACUUGUUUUCCUUCUCCGUGGUCGUUUGCCUUGGCAAGGAUACCAGGGGGAGAAUAAAAGUUUCCUUGUCUCCAAGAAAAAGAUGGCCACAUCCCCAGAAGCGCUUUGCUGCUUCUGCCCAGUGCCUUUCAAAAACUUUGUUGAAUAUGUGGUGAAUCUAAAGUUCGACGAGGAACCUGAUUAUGCAAAAUGCAUUUCAUUCUUUGAUGGGGUCGUGGCUCCAAAUCCAAGUGGGCGCCCAAUUAACACAGAUGGUGCUCAGAAGCUCCUUUGUCAGGUUGGUCAAAAGAGAGGACGGCUGACAAUGGACGACGAUGAAGAUGAACAGCCUAAGAAGAAGGUUCGGAUGGGGAUGCCGGCAAGUCAAUGGAUCAGUGUGUACAAUGCCCGCAAGCCCAUGAAGCAGAGGUAUGAGUUUGUUUGUAGGUACCAUUAUAAUGUUGGUGAGCCAAGGUUGAUUCAUCAUAUUGAAAAAGGAAACGAGGAUGGAUUAUUCAUCAGUUGUGUUGCUUCAGCUCAAAAUUUAUGGGCACUCAUCAUGGAUGCUGGUACUGGUUUUACCGCACAAGUCUAUGAGCUCUCACCACAUUUUCUUCACAAGGAAUGGAUAAUGGAGAACUGGGAGAAGAGCUAUUACAUCACUGCCAUAGCUGGAGCUACCAACGGAAGCUCAUUCGUUGUAAUGUCUAAGGGUACACCAUAUCUGCAACAGUCCUACAAAGUGAGCGAUUCAUUCCCUUCUAAAUGGAUCAACAAAAAAUGGAAGGAGGGGUUCCACGUCACCUGCAUGGCUACAUCGGGGACUAGAUGGGCAAUUGUCAUGUCUCGGGGAGCAGGAUAUACUCACCAGGUGGUGGAGCUGGAUUUCUUAUACCCCAGCGAUGGGAUCCACCGACGGUGGGACAAAGGGUACCGCAUCACGUCCACUGCAGCGACCUUGGACCAAGCGGCAUUCGUCCUUAGCAUCCCCAAAAGAAAGCCCAACGACGAAACGCAGGAGACCCUUCGAACUUCUUCUUUCCCAAGCUCUCAUGUCAAGGAGAAAUGGGCGAAGAAUCUGUACCUUGCGUCGGUUUGUUUCGGAAGGACAGUUUCUUGAGCUGUGUUCGUAUGCAGCUGGAGCUGGACAAAAAGAGGCACGCUACUUUUAACUAUCAGGAAAUUGUAGAUGCCGGUUUGGUGGAGCUUAUUGUAUAGUGAAAGUGAAUUUUAUGCGACUCUUAGACUGGAUCUGGAUAUGACGGAAGAAGCACAGACCUCUCGAUUGUUUCUGUGCACAAAAGUAGGACUUUUUUUUGUUGGUCUUUUUAUUUUUCUUAUCAAGUUUUGUACAGUUUCUUCAGUUGCGUGUUAAUGGCUAAGCUACCGUUUUUGCUACAAAACCUUAUGCGUUCUCUC